AUGCUCGAUAUAUCAGAUGAACAAAGCGCGCUGCAAAUAAAGUUCUUAAAGGCGCUUGAUCUGUUCUGCAUUUUUAAGUUUAUUAUCACCAAUGAUGUAAAGAUACACGAAAGGGAAACGUACGAACUGUUGAGAACCAUCCUCAAUUCGUAUUCACUCAUUAGUAUAAAAACUCCGUCUAAGGAAAUAUUUUCUGAAGCGGAAAAAAUAUACCAAAAGUAUUUUUGCUGCAAUGGGGAGGACACGAGCACAUCUGCCUCUGCGGGUUGUGCAACGAAACUCGUGCCAGACUCGGAGCAAGUUCAGCGACAUGACCUGACUGCCCUGAACAGCGACACGUGCAAGGGGUUCAGCGAUGCGUGCGAAGGGGUGAGAGACACCUACAAAGCGGCGAACAAGACAUGCGAUGCGACGAGCAAGACAUGCCACGGUUUGAACAACACAUACGAGGGCGCGAACAACGCAGCGGAAAUCUUCACAAAUGACUCCCUCUUCUCGAAACACCUAAGUAACAAACAAAUAUUUCAAUUUUUUAAAUUCCCUAAAAGCAAAAAAGUGGCAGACUACGUCAACAAGUGUUGCGUGGACGAACUCAUAAACGAGCCAUUAAAUAUAAAUGUAGGCUUCGUCAAAUUUGAUAAAAAAAAAACAAGAAAAAAAAAAAGGAAGAGACCAAAAAAAGGGACUCUAAACAUUCCUACAAACGUGUGUAAAUAUAGCAGCGAUUCAGGGAUACGUAAUUCUCGCCAAAAAAACUCUUGUAGUUGUUUCCACGAAUCAAAAGAAAACUCAAAAAUUUUUACAAAUGAUUUUAAAAAAGUGGUGAAUGAAGCAGAUCUAUCCGUUUCUGAUUCCUCUGAACUAUUUUCAAAUUUGAGAAACCCGUUUGUUAAGGUUCCUGCGGCAAGCUACUUCGGCUUGAACAACCCCAACUGCAGCAACUCUGAAGAUGAAUCUGAUUAUAACUACUACAGCGAGAAUACCAAUAGGGAGGACGCGGGCAAGGACCCCCACAGGAAUAGAAACGUCAAGCUGCGAAAUCAAUACCUCUCCGUCAAGCUCUCCCUGUACAACUCGCGCCUGUGCAAUAGCGGCGGGAAGGCCUGCCCUGUGGGGGCCACAGACACUGGCGUGUUCAACACGGACAACCCGCACAACGCGGUUAAGGUCACUAACCAAGCGCACCACGCCCAUUAUGAUAACAGGGAGAACGGCGCAAACCACUUUUACGACGAGACCUCCAUGUGCUUCAACCACUUCCACAAAAUACACAACAUUCUCAACCGAGACCCCAACGGGUUACGAAAAAUAAAAAUUAUGUUAAAAAAAGAUAUCGGAACCAUUAGCAUAUCCCCAUUCUUCAUAAACUUUGACUGGACCAGAAUAUUUGAAAAAGUCUGCAGAGCUUUUAACAUCACCAAUUUUGAUUACAAAAACCAAGGAAUCUACUAUAUUAUAAAUUCCUGUUUCAGCACAGCAGCAGCAAGGGAAAUUGUAAAACACAUUUUCCUCGACGACCUUUAUGAGCAGCAGGAAAUAUUUGAUAGCGAAAUGAAUGGCAAAAAAAAUGCCAAGAAAAAAAAUUUGCUCAAGAUGAGGAAUAAAGAACAUGUGUUGGAAAUUCUAGACGAUGAGAAAAGGAUUAACGUCUUGUAUUUUAUUAAUCGCUUUUUGUAUUCGCAAAAGACACCGCUCUCCAAUUUGUUCACAAGUCAUUGUUUGGAGAGUGGCAAGCGUGGGGAGGACGCGCGCUUGGAGAGGUCAAGACGGUGCAAUGACUCUGCCCAGCCACCCGCACCGCUGCAGGCCAGCCAAGCGUGCGAGCCAGACGACGACCCCCCCUUCGACGAACUCACCAUCGAUUACCUACUAUUCCUGAUGAUCUUCGAAAAUAAAAUGGACAAGACAUUUCACAAAUACCUGAUGCAAAAAAUUGACUCAUGCAGAGACUACUUGCUAGAAGAAGGGCAGGAUAAAACCACCCACGUCUCCGCCUCCACCGCAUCCUCCUUUCAUGCUCAACCGAACUCGAGUGCCUCUCAUCACAAUGUUCAGGAGAUUAAAACUAGUUCCUCCAACCUGCAUGAGAAGGAAGAAAAGAAGCAGGCGAACGAUACGCAUCCAUCAGAUGCUAAGCAAAAUGAUCUUGAGGAGUUUAAACGGGGGGAAACUUCUGUUGGAAAAGUUGAAGGAAACCACAAUCUUCAUGACGGUGACAAAAUGGAAGUGGCUUUACCUUCGGGUGGGAAGUACACCUCAUCCAACAUCAACGGGGAGUUCACUUCCAUGGGAUCGAUUACGUCCCUCAAGUCAUUCACGACACAGGCCACCAUAACGACGCAGGAUAGUAUCUCCACGCAGACUGCCAUGUCAGCGAACCCUACCAUCUGUCGGCAGGCCACAAACGGGAUACAAGACGAAACUGUAAAUUCCCCUCCCCAACACGUACCAUACAUCCAAUCCAACUCGAACGAAUUGCAAAAAAAAACAAAACUUUUAAAAAAAACGAAUGAAGAAUUGGCUGAUUGCACUAAAAGCACGAUAAUGGUUGGCUACAAAGAUAUGGAAAAAGGAAGUGAAAAGGAUGAACACAAUCAUUACCAACAAUUAAAAAACACAGAUCUUCCAUCUGACAUGGAAUCGAAAUAUAUAAGUAAAGCAAAAGACAAAUCGGAUGUUCAAAACGAAUUAACCCUCCUCAAGUGCAUAAGACCCUUCCCAACAGUCUAUUGGCUAAUAAAUAAAAAUAUGUGUGGGUACAUUUCCCACUUGGAAAAAAUGAAUAUAAUAAAAAAGAUAGAAUACUUUAUAAAUUGCAAAAAGGAAGAAGAAUUCCGCCUACUCAGAUAUUAUCUCAUUUAUGACCAUCUCAAAUAUAUAAUAAUUCGAUUAAGACAUAUCCACAAAAGGAUCUUGCGCUUCUUUUACAACCUAUUUUUAAAUAGCCUUAAUUUUAAGAAACAGUUCACACCGGAUGAGGGCAACGAUUCUAUAUCUUCCAUUUAUACAAGUUCAUUUGACUUCUCCCCCCACAUUUUAAAUAAAUUCACACAUACCUAUCAGAUUGACUCUCAAGUGAUUACCGAGAUCCUUCGCAAAAUAAACACUUUACGGGUUAAAGGAAUUGGAGGAAUUUCAAAUUUCUUAACCGUUAAAUGUAUACACCUUUAUUUUGCUUCUCAUUUGUCUUACCCAAACACUAUUGGCUAUAUUUUGGAAGAGUUGUUCAAGUCCUGA